AUGGCGCAGCGGGUUGCGCCCGAUUGUGGGAGUGCUGCACCUCAGUACGAAAAAUUAGGAACACAUAAUUUUAUAAACCAUCAACCAUCAUCAAUUUCGACUGUCUAUGCUGACGCUAAUGGUGUAUUAUUUGGGGGUGAUGCUCAGGCGGGUUUGCAGUAUAAUGGAAUAGCAAAUCAUCCUGAUCCUUGGAAAAUUAUACAGAAAAUGAGUGAUGAUAAUAGAGCCCUAAUUGAACAAAUCGCUCGGCUUACGACUCAAAUUACACAUUUACAAUCCAUCGUUUACCAAAAACAGUCUAAUAAUUCGACAGUGACAACACAAGACACUUUAAACAGCCAAUUAAAUCCAGUUACGACGAUGUCAGUAAUCGCACAUAAUUCAUCGAAACGUGUGUUGUCUCCAAUGUCUGAUGAACAACGUGAAUCCACUGAAAUGGAUAACGAUCCUGGCACUCGUAUUGUUUCCAAUGCACAAAGGAAGAGAAGAGCUGUUGGUGUCUCACCAUCCAACAAAAUGCAAGAUAAUGGACUAUUUAUCUCGAAUCAAGCUCGGCAUAGUAAGAACAUACAGCAGCAAAGCAUGAAUUACGCUAACAUCCAACUCCAAAACAAUUUUAGUGUGAAUAACAAUACGAAGGAACAACAAGAACUUCAUAUUUCUGAAGAAGCAAAACGAUUUGCUCAGACUAGAUAUCCUUUUUCUCCAUUUGUUGUAGUGACGGAGCAGGAUAUUCGUGAUAAUUUAGUUGUUGAAGAUUUAUGCAAAUUUGCGAAGGAUAAACAUCAGUUUAAUAUAGAUAUUGCAGGUUAUCGUCGAACAUCAACUAAUAGUGCACAUGGAGAAUAUAAAAUUUUAUUAUUUGUUAAAAACUUAGAGACAUUUGUCCUUUUACUUGAUGAAAAAGUUUGGCCGCAAGAAUUAUGUGGACUUAAAUAUAAAUAUACUUGUCCUUCGAUCCCACCUCAACUAUCAGUAAUUAUACCGGACGUACCACUGAAUAUUAACUUCCAAGAAUUCUCAGAUGAAAUUCGUACGGUCAAUAAGAACAUCGUUUCAGUAAUACGUUUACGUAAUAGCGCACAACAGGAUAUUAAAGCAGUUAAAUUAGAAUUUAACUCCGUGAUAUCACGCAAAGAAAUGUUGGAUAAAAAACGUGUUUUAAUUAUGGGACUGUCGUUGGAUAUUGUGGAAUAUUUGGCCCAAGCUCAUGUUUUGAUCUGCUCACAAUGCAUGAAUAUUGGACAUUUCCGUAAGAACUGCACUCAAAAAGAUACUCAAACAUGUACUGUCUGUGGUGAGAAAACUUCAGAUAUUCGGUUACAUAAAGCCAACUGUUCGGGCAUUAUGAAAUGUAUACAUUGCAAUGGACCACAUAAAUCAAAUGAUACUAAAUGUCCUAUUAUAAAAGAGUAUAGGGCAGCACUCACCAGGUCUUUAUUAACGCAUCAACAACCAACAUCAAGUACCACCAACACAUACCAUUUCAACUCGGAAAACUUUCCUAAUAUACGGAUGGGAUGGAAUACAGCAUCUCAAACAAAGGCAGUGGACCUCGAAUACAAAUGGCGUACUGUGGUUGAUGAAAUGUUAGUCUUCAAGUCAGAAAUAAAAACAGUGGUGCUGGAGUUAUGUGAUCUUAUACUAAACGACGUUCUACCGGAAGAUAGUGAUAGAAACUUAGAUUACACGAAAAAGGGCGAGGAGAAACACACUUUGUUAAGAAAUUGGCUGAAGAAAUGGAAGUCAUCGACACAAUUACAACAUGAAUCUAUCUAA